AUGCCAACGGUACUUUUAAUUGACUGUUCGUUGGGUAUGGCUGAACGUUUCUCACUGACGAUCAAACAAGGUGAUAACAUGGCCACAACGAUGAACAUCGAAAAACGUAGUUUAAUUGCGAAAAUAAUCGAAGCAUUAAUGACCAAUGUUACUACUCCAACAAAACUUGAUACCAUGAGUGUGGUACUCUUUGCGGGUGAAGAUACAAUCAAGAUUGUACAAAAUUUUACAAAGAAUUCCGAUGAUAUCAUCAAAUCUGUUCAAAAAGUACCAAUUUUUGGUGAUUUGUCAUUAAGAUCAGCGAUUGAGUUUUCGAAAAAAUAUUUAACUACCGCAUUCGGUGCUCAACGAUCACAAAAAAUUCUGGUCUUUACAGAUAGUUCACAUCGCGAUGAUGAGCUGUUGAAUAAAAAUUUCACACAAUCCAACAUUCAAAUGGAUGUGGAUUUACGAAAACCAGCAGUGGCCGAUGAACACAACAAAGUAUCUUCAUCGAACUCGCACACCGAUGUUUCAUUUGUCUGCAUUCGAAAACCAUCGAAUAGCGAUCGUGCACGGUUAGAAGAUCUAACAACUCAAGCACAGUGUUCUUUUUCCAAGAUCUAUUGGUUACUAAAACGAGAAAAAGAAAACAAUUCAACAGUUACACAAGAUAUGAUCAAAGACAUGAUUACAAACAUCAAAGCUGAUCUAACAGAUAUAUUUGUUUCUGUACUUAAAUGUGGCCAUUACGAAUCUCAACUUGCGGUUUAUCCUAUCAUCAAACCCGCAAUUCUACAAACAACCGGUGAAUUACUCCAGCCUUCAAAUACAUUGACUGUCAAUGGUUUUAUUGAACUAUCCUCGAUUCGUAGCGCAAUGGCAACAUCAAAACAUAUACUGCUACCAAUUCAACGAUAUACUCGACCACAGCCAGCAGUACCUAUGUUUGCCACAAAGAAAUCAGCCGUAGGAGCAACAACUGCGUCUACAACCCCAUCAAGUCCUUCUGUAUCACAUCAAAAGAAGUUGAACACAACAAAUAAUCUCUACUAUCUUUUGUUAAUAUCACUGAAAAAGGAAAAAUCUGCUGCACUAGUUUCUAUCAACGAUCAAUGGUAUGGCGCGAUUCAUUGUCAAAAAUUCGAACGGAAGAAAAAAUCCAGUCGACUAAUCCUGUCAGUUUUCGAACCCGGUGAUUGCAUUCCAUGGAUCUCUAGUUUCGAGCGUCUUGGACCCUACGCUAUGGUAUUCCCUCCUGAUAAUCACGGUGAAUUAGCCUAUAAGAAACAACCAUGGCCAGUGAAACCUUUUGCACGAAGUUAUGCAGAAACAUUUCUGAUUUGGUGUCGACAGAAUAACUUCCAAAAUGAUAUCAACAAGUUUGUUCGUGCUUCGGCUAAACUACCGGACAAAGUGAAUAUAUUUCACCGAGAGCUGAAUAAGAUCUGUCGUGGUGCAUUUAUUUACGGUCUUCGCGAACGAUUAUUUCAUUUAUUGCAAAAAUUAUUCCAACGUCAAAUUCAAACGGGUAAAAUCAAACCCGAAGGUGUCAAACACGUGCAAAACAUCAUCAAUUACAUGAAUCGUCUUAGUUCCUCGGAUCGUUAUAUAAAAUUUGAAGAAAUGUCUACAUAG